UGAGGCGUUGGCUGUGAAGGACGCCGCUGAGUCAAACGAGGACCUUGGCAUGGUCGACAAGGUGGUGCGCACAGUGGCGACGCUUCUCGGAAACUCAAGCGUGUGGAGUCAGCGCUUCAAGUACCUUCAGCGAGUGAUCUACCAGACAAACCUCACGGUUCGAUGGCUGUCACGAGGUGAUGCGGUGCGCAGGCUGUGCAAGGUCCUCGGCGCUUGCAUCGUGCUGCUCUGGGAGCACAACCACAAGGCCUACGAGAUUGUGACGUGCUACAAGUUCCAGUUCUGUUUGUUUUUCCUGGCCGACAUUCUGGCCGACAUGAACGACCUCAACCGCUGCUUCCAGAGGCGUGAGCUGGAUGUGACUGAGAUUUCGAAGACUAUUGAGUCCACCACGGGUGACCUGACGGAGCGCUACUUGACGACAAACAAACCGUUCGGGGGCGAGGGGAAGAGCUGGCUGGUAAACUUCCUCAAGGUCCACAAGGAGGGUGGAGGCAAGCAGGUCCGGGUUCGAGGCGUGGACGGAGAGGGACGCCCAAUCAACCACCUCUACACCAUGCAUGAGAGGAAGCUGAAGGGCCACAAGCAGGGAAGCACCUACGCAGACUGCGUGAAGCUGUGCCGCCAAUUUGCCCGCGACUGCAUGGACAACCGGAACGAACGGCUGGAUGACCUUGGGAAGCUGGGCCCGACGAAGCUGUUCCAGGCGGGGAAGUGGCCGAAGAUCAAGGCCCAGCGAGAGAAGAAGUGCAAGGAGUGGCUGCACGGAUGCAGCAGGCUCUUCCACCACAAGCUGCCAGGAUUCGACCUCAAAGCAGCAGAGAGGGAGCUCCCGACAUUCUGCGCGAUCAUGGAGUCACACCAUGAGAUGGAGAGCUUCGCCCAAGGCCUUAACAACUUUCUUGGGAGCGUAGACUCAAAGAGGUAG